AUGCACAAGAUUUCUACCACUCUCCCCUUGGCCCAUGGGAACAGCAGCAGCAGUAUUGAGCCCCUCCUGUCAGGCACCAAAGCUGCCAGUUUCUCCGGCCGCCUGUCCUCCUCCAGUUCGGCCUCAACUGUGUUCGCCCCGGGUCUGAGGAAGUAUCCACAGGAGGGGGCGCUGUCUUCCCUGACAGUCUCCUCCAGCCAGGCCAAAGCCCUGCUGGCCAGCCUGUCAGCCUCCAGCCUGUCAGCCGCCAGCCUAUCAGCCUCCAGCCUGAGCGCAGAGGCCCUGCUCCUCUCCUCCACCUUCCGCCAACACCGCCUCCUCCGCGAGCAGCAGCGCGCCUCCUCCCUGCCCCUGCCCAACGGCCGCUCCUCCAACUCCACCACCACCUCAACCACCACCUCCUCUUCCUCCUCCUCCACCUCCCCCACCUCCACCACCUCCACCCCCUCCUCCUCGCCCUCCUCCCCGACCCCUCUGACCUCCCUCAACCUCUCCUCCAUGGGGCUCAAGCCCAGCGGCCGCAGCCUGCAGUACUCCGGCUCCAACAGCUACAAGGAACGUGGCAGCAAGACCCUGCCUAAACCUGUCUCCGCUAGCAACUCACAGUGAAGUACAAGAGGAUGGAUGAGAGGAGGAGGAGGAGGAGGAAGAGGAGGAGCGCAAUCAAAGCAUCAUCACAUGCCAAAAAUGAAGAGGAAAACAAACACACUAGCCCCGCCCUCUACCCUCAAUUCCAAGAGUCACAUGCAGCAACACAUAUUCGUGGGGAGUUCCCCAGAGUUGACUUUCUGAGUGGCACUUUGCUGCCCUUGGUCUCAGUCCAGAAGCCAGAAUCUUCACAUAUCUAUAAUUAUACAGUACAAGAGUUGAUGGUGGUUCCUCUCUGGCUCUCCCACUCAGUAGUACUGACAGUUCCCCAGACCCCCAGAGAGAGAGCUCAAAGAUGGACCUCGGCCUCCACUCCCUCCCACUGCCUUGUCUAGUCUGGUCUGAUCCGGCCUAGUCUGGUCUGGUCUGAUCCAGCCUAGUCUGGUCUGGUCUGAUCCAGCCUAGUCUGGUCUGGUCUGAUCCGGCCUUGUCUAGUCUGGUCUGAUCCGGCCUAGUCUGAUCUGGUCUGGUCCGGUCUGGUCUGGGUGGACAGAAAAACAGUGCCAGUACUUUAUGAACCCUCAGUUUAUCAUCGCACCAUUUGCCAAAUCUUACUGGAUGGAACCUAAGUGGAGUAGAUGUGAUAUCUAGACUGUGACUUAUAUUAUACAGAGUAGAGUUGCAAUAAUCAACGAGUACAGUACAGUAGCCGUGUGUGUUCAGAGCUAUAGCAGUCUUAUUCCAUCACCUGGCACAAUGUGAAUCUGUCGAGAAAAACAAAGCUAAACCAAGGUGGUGGUUUCCAUUCUGAGACCGUUUUCUGUUUGUUCGUUUCUUUAUUUCAGACUUAUUGCAUCGCCUGUGUAGAAGUCGAAACUGGUGCUAUAGUUCUCCCUGUUUUGUAAAGAGUUUACAUGAAUGAAACGGCUCCCAUUCAAUGUGACUGUACAUUCCACUGUGUAUCUAAUGCUACAUCCCUGGAGUGGCUUAAGGCUUCUUCUCUCCGGCAUCUGAUUCCGUUCUUACCCUCGUUCUCUAUGGCCCUACUAUUAACACAGCAGUUUGGCAAUGGAAGAAAAGGCCAGGGAGCUGCUUUUGUUGAGGUCCUCUGGUUUGAGAGUCUGCGCACAGUUGUAUCGCCCACAAUAGCACAUUAUAGGAACAGUAAUGUGAUGUUACAGUAGAUCUGUUAUUUAACGACUGAGCUGGUACAAUGAAGAAGGGGGAAAAAUCAAAUAUAUUUAAACAUUGAAAUUGAUCGUUAAAGAAUUUAGAAUGUUUAGACAUGAAUGUUGCACGACAAUCAGGACAUAUCCACAGUGGACGGGUUUUGCCUUGGACUGGCGUUCCCUGCUGCAGUGAUUACACUCUGAACUCAACACACGCUGGCGUGGCCAGGCACCGGCAUACAGCAGUAGAUGCACGCACGGUCUCCGACACGCCGGUGAGACGGAGAUCCGCCAAACCGCUUAUGAAAAGCACAGUCUCCAGUUGUUUUGAGUCAGAACUGUUGACUAGAUUGUCCAUUUCUCUAUUUCGUGACUGUGGAACCACUGGUCAUGAAUGAACACAUACCGGUUUGGUAAUGCAGUCCUUUAGGUAGUAAUCGAUUUGAAUGGUUAAAAGGAACCGAAUGUUUGAGAGAGAGAAACGACGGCACAAAUGAAUUCCCUUUCAAUUCAAUUCCCGGAGCUGAUUAUUAUUUAGCUGAUUAUUUACAAGACAUGCGGCACAAUGAAUUUCAUUUUGGCCUGUGUGUAUUUUCAGCAUUUGCUCGAGACAAAAACCCACGAUGAGUUUAUCUGAACCUCCCCCGACACAGAAGCGGGCUUAGCCCACAGCUGUUGGUUUUGCAGUAUUAAAGUUGCCACUGGAAAUGGCUGCUUUUGUUCUGUGAUAUAUGUUACGGAGAAUAAUUUGGUUCAUGUACGAAGGCAGCUCCAGGGUAUAUGAGUGUUCUCCCCUUAAACCGGAGUGCUUACGCAGAUCACUGUCUCCAUUCCUCGCAGCUGACUUAAGAGCUUGGAAGUGUUAUAAGGAUAGAAACACACUUUCAUCAAAGACGUGUCAAUGGUUUCCCUGCUGUUAAUCUUACGCCAGCAAACACUCUGAAGCUCUCUUUCUUCUGUGAUGCGUCACCAAGGCGACCUCGGGGGUUAUGGCCGUGUGGAGUCCUAGUUCAUUCUUCAACUGUUCAGGAAACAAGUGCGUGAAAUCGAUUCUUUGUGGCAUUGAGAUGAAAACAAUUGCUUGUGAAAGAGGCCGGUGUCAAGUGCAGACAGCUUGAGGUGGGGAGAUUGGUUGUGGUUUUCAUGUCUGAAGGCUGGUGUAAUAACAAAGUGCUUUAACUCUUCUCUACUGGGUUCAUGAGGUGUGAAAGGGCUGGUUAGACAGACAGACAGGUUUAUCUGGACGUCAAUGUUUGACACCCUUUUGAAUUUAAGAAGGCUAUUAAUUUUUGCAACUUGCUAUCUGUGCUGUCCUAUGGGGGAGAUGUGUCUAUGAAUCAAACCCUUCUGGGAAGAGGUUCCCACUGCACAAAAUGAUCAAUGUUGCAAUUUCCCCAUGAGAGCACAGAGUGGACCUAUCUGCAUGAACCCUCUGGAAAAUACUGUUCUUGCAGGCUUAUAGCAGUACAGAUUAUGUGCACGUUUGUGUUUUUCAGGCCGAGGAACCUUGGUAUGAUGGCCCAAAUCACAUCAGCGGCUCCGACAACACAUGGUUGUAAAGAUCAGAACAAAGGGGAACAUAUUGGCCCACACACACGCACGCACGCACGCACGCACGCACGCACGCACACACACACACACACACACACACACACACACACACACACACACACACACACACACACACACACACACACACACACACACACACACACACACACACACGUACACGAGAGUGUGUCAGAAUGUGGCCGUGGCAUUGCAAUAAGCACACCCUCUGUUCUGUCAGCGAGGAAACGGCAAGCUCACGGCACAGCGAGUUAGUUAAGCCUCACGCUGGCUGCACUGUAGCAAUGCAGGAAUCAAGCCCUGGGUUUUACGAAGUGAAAGCCAAAUGAAAGAAAUUCACUUACUCAUUCAACUCCACACUCAAAUCCAUAACUCCCAGCGCUGCUUUUGCGUCUGGCAGGGUGAUGGGGAGGAAGUGCGGGAGGUAUUCACACUUUGCUGCUUUUACACAGGAAAGUCCAAGACGAGAACCCCAAGACUGCGUGACAAUGCUUUUUUGAGUCACCAUAGCACUAGUGUUAUUGGACAGGAGAUUUCAAUAUGGCUGAGUCUUGGAGGGGUUUAUUGGUAGUGGGGAUGAGGAGAAGAGAGUGUAGGCACUUGUAGUGAAAGCCCCUGGCAAUCAGAGAGAUAGUUCAUGCAAACUUGAAAUGAAAAGUAAAAUAAUUAUACAUAUAUAAAUAUAUCUUCGUUAAGAUGUUUGUGUAUGAUAUUAAUAUAAUUGUGAGGAAAGUGUGACACAUAGGUCUGGAUUAAAUUAUUAUAAUGUACAAUUUAAAUCAUCCUCUUUUGGGGAUUUAUAUGAGUAGGCAUUUUGUACAGUUUUCAAUUCUUCAAGAGAGAUAAUGUAGUUCACAUUAGCAAAUUAUUUAUUCAUAAGCAGAACAUUUUUAUAUUGAUUUGAAAAUAUUUAUCUGUAUAGAAGACAGGACAGGUAUGUAAUAUACAGUGGAGCUCAUUUUUAAUUCUGGGAUAUUUUUAUUAGCACUAUUUUUAACAGUUGUGUGAGUUUCCUCUUUUGUUGGCCUGCUGGCCCAUGCUACUGGUAUGUUAAGGGAGAGGUUGCCCCUGAGCUGGUCCAGUACAAUGUCUGCUCCCAGGCCUCCACUAGCUAACAUUCAUUUUGAGGUAAGAGGAGCUGUACCUAGACCUGUUCUUAGGGGUGUGCCUUUUCUUUGUAACUUCUGUUGGUUUACUUAGUCCUCUUCUAGUCUCUGUCCUAGUAUUUGUAUUACAUAGCGCUCCCUAUACCUGACUGAUGUGUUCUUCACCUUUGGCUAAAAUGAAUAGCCCAUACUAGAAACCCCUCUACUGGUAUUACAUCAGUAUGGCCCAAAGUUAUUAACGGAGAAGGAUCUGAGCAUUGAAUAGGUCAUUUAGGUUUCAAUGACAAACCAAGAGCCCCGUAACGCGGAUAGAUAUGGAACAUUAGCUUUUUCUUCAUCAUCAUAAUCUUCGUCUAUUGAGACGUGUUUGGUUCUGUUUUUAAUAAAUGAAAGAGACAUAUGUGCAUUGUUUGACCUGCUGUCUGUGGUGUGUACAGAACUGUAUGAGGUUCUGACAUGAAUGUCUGGAUGUUCCAAACUCUUGGCAUCGAGAAGAAAACAAAACAAAAUGAUAUGUAAAUAGACUGAGUAAUUCCUAGAAAGUUCAACAAAAUAUUAUGUCCAAAAUUACGUUAUAUUCAUUCAAAGAUGAUGGAUUACAAAGGUAUAUUAUAAAACAAUGCAUGAAAUAUCGUCAAGCAAUCGCACGGUGCAGUUGAAAAGUGUUGUCUACAUGUUUUCUUAAAAAACAGAGCGAGAUAGAAAAAGCGGUGUACCACUUUCAAGGUUCACAACGGUAGAGAACCAGACCUUUUUAUUUUGGAUCUUUCUGUGACACAGGCAUGUUCAGUCUCACUGUGAUCAGUGAUGCUACGGUGAUGAUGGCUAAGAGUGAGGAGUGUUCCCAACAAUCCCGAACGAUCCAGGAACGCUUCAACGCACCUUCACCAGAAAACCCCACCAAUUACGAUCUCCCACUUGUAGAGUAGCGUGACAUAAUCAACAAUACAUUUUUUUUUAGAUCUAUAUAAAUACCUACUGAUACUGGACAUUCUCAUUUAUCAGUGCGGAUGCCAUGAUAUUCUGUGAGAAAUGUGAUUUUUCUUUUUUUUUCUGUGAGAAGACUGGCAGUUGAACCUGCUUCCUUUUGUACAUACUUGCUGUGGUUGUGUGUGUCUAAUAAAGUGCAGCUCUCUUGUGCA